GGGCAAAAAUGGGAAUAAAGAUACAAGAUUGAUUUCUCUCUCUCUCCAUCGGAUCAUCACUCCUUUAAAUCACCAUCAAAGAAAUUCCAAUUUUCUCGGAUUUUUAUUUCUAAAACUAUUUUUUUCUUACAAUCCCUAAAACCCUAGUCCUCUUUCACGCAACCUACUAAACUCAGCUCAAAGCUCAUCUGUUUCUGGCUCGUGGGCUGAAAUCAUUUCAGACAGCGCUUUUGAUGACUCUGCAACAGCUUGCAGACAAGCUUAAACGAAGCUGUAUCUACUACUGACUUUGAUGCUUUUAGGCAUGAGAUUACUGGUGAGAUGUUUCCUAAAACGGGAGAUGAUGUUAUAAUUGGAGAUCUGAUGAAGACUAACAACAAUGGAGACGUGGUGGAUAACAACAGCAACCGGUUAAGCAGGUGGCAUCACAACUCUUCCCGGAUAAUUAGGGUUUCGCGAGCUUCGGGUGGCAAAGAUCGACACAGCAAAGUCUGGACUUCCAAAGGCCCACGUGACCGGCGUGUCCGGUUAUCAGUCUCAACCGCUCUUCAGUUCUACGAUCUUCAAGACCGGUUAGGUCUCGAUCAGCCGAGCAAAGCCGUUGAAUGGCUAAUCAAAGCCGCCGAAGAUUCCAUCUCCGAGCUUCCUUCCCUCAACAACACGAAUUUCCCGAUGACCGAUGACGAGAACCAGAACCAGACAGUAACUGCUGCGGCGGCUAAAUCGGCUUGUAGUAGCAAUUCGGACACGAGCAAGAACUCUUCUGGUCUGUCUCUUUCGAGAUCGGAGCUAAGGGAUAAAGCUAGGGAGAGAGCUAGAGAGAGAACAGCCAAAGAGACCAAGGAGAGAGACCACACUGGUUCCUUCACCGAUCUGUUGAAUUCCGGUUCGGAUCCGGUUAACGUAAACCGGCAAUGGAUGGCUACUUCUUCAUCGCCUGCUCAAAUGGAGUAUUUAACCUCGGGUUUGAUACUCGGGUCGGGUCAAACCCAUUUCCCGAUUCAAACAAGUGCUCACCCUUUCUCCGACCAUCAUCAUCAUCCUCAAGAGUUUUCCUUCGUUCCCGACCAUCUGAUUUCUCCGGCAGGAUCCAACGGCGGUGGAGCGUUCAAUCUUGAUUUCAACAUGUCGUCGACCACCUCCGCCGCCGGAACCGCCGGGUUCAGUGGUUUCAACAGGGGGACCCUUCAGUCCAAUUCAUCAAACCAUCAUCAGCAGCAGUCUUUUCUCGCUAAUCUGCAGAGGUUUUCAUCAUCAGAAGGUGGUGGAGGUCCACAGUUCUUGUUCGGUGCACUGCCUGCAGAGAAUCACCACCCCAACAACCACCAGUUUCAGCUUUAUUAUGAAAAUGGAUGCAGAAACUCAGACCAAAAGGGCAAAGGCAAGAACUGAUGACACUGUUACUGUUUGCAUCUUUUGUUUGAGUUUCUUUGUUUUUUUUUGCUUGCUUUAUCUAUCACCCAAAUGUCAAAUCUCGCUCCUCUUGGUUUAUCUUUCGGAUCAUCAUCAUCCUCUCAAUGUGUGUGUUAAAUCUGUUUGAUACGAUAUAUGGUCUAAUUUGGAAAUCUUUUCAGAUUGGGUUUGUAAUGUUGUAUUUGUGAUAAUAGAAUUUUGUUUGUGGCUU